CUUUCGACACCUAGCGAGAUCACCAAUCACGAGGCUUACAGCUUCGCGACGUCUGGCUCGAAUCUUCCAGCCUCACGCUGACGGGGUGGUGCGAAGGCACUCUGGAGCAGGCCAAGGUACUGAACACCGCAUUGCGCCCCAGCUCUGGGCAGGGCCAACGGGCGUGUAAGCGAUCGACGAGCGCAACCUGAGGAUGGAGACGGAGCCUAGGACAGGCGAUGAGUCUCCACCGGUCAAUGGCGCUCUGCCAACUCCAUUGAAUGGUGCCACUGGCCAGGAGCGGCGAGAAGAUGCCACCGGUGCGGCGGUGGGGCCGCCACCGAACGGAUUAGAGGCAGCAGCGGACGGCAGUGGAGGGGAGGAUGCGGGCUUGACGGCGGAGGAUGUCGCGACGCAAGCACAAGUCAGCCAAGGUUCUGCGACAGCACCGGAUGACGUCAAGGCAGAGGAGCAAAGUGCUGCGGACGACGCUGGCGAGAGAUCAGUAGCAGCCGAAAGCGCCACCGUCGAGCCCACAGCCAAUGGGGCGAUAGCAACGGCCGAUUCGGCAGGGACAGAAGCAGAAGCUGGAACAGAGACAGGGGCAGCCGUUGCAGCAGCAGAAGCGUCUUCAGGCUCUGCUGCUUCACCCUCAUCCUCGACUCCAACAACACUUGCUGGUACGGCACUUCACCCAAUGCAGAAGAAGUUCACAUCGCUCAAUGUGAACAAGAAAUUUCUGGAGAAGGCCAGCCCGACGUUGCCAGCGGCGGCUGCGCUGCCGAGCAAGCAAGCCGUGUCGUCUCCGCAGCCUCCUAGCCGUCUGUCUGCCAUCUCGAGCGCCUCGAGGCUCACCUCGGCGAAGCUUUCGAGUGGGGCCAAAGCCCAGCCUGCUGGGUGGGGCGUCCUAUCGUCUGCAUCCCAAGGUGCUGCAGAGCCCGGCGGCUCGCCUUUACCUGCUCAGGCGGCCUCUGGGAGCGUGUCCAGCCCAGCAGUGCCAGCCGGCGUUGCUGCAACGAAGAAUGCACCGGGAGCGGCUCCGUCACCAAAGCUUGUCACGGCGCUAGCGGGAAGCUCUGCAAACCGAUCGACGUCGCCGCGAGGGGCCGAGGGUAGUCGAGGAAGCCCCAGCCUUCGCAAUGCAGCCUUGACAUCGACGAAUCGGUCGACCAGUCCCGCCACAGGGUCCUCAUCGGGCCCAAGCCUGGCACCCUGGGCGAAGAUCAAGCUCGACGCGGCAGGAGCCACCAGCGCUGCACCGAGCAGGCCAGGUCAGAGGUCGAGCUUGGUCUCUGACUUCCCCACAGCGGCCGAGGCUGCGAGGCAAAAGCAAGAGGCGGAAAGGCGAGAAAAGGCGCAGGCGGCAGAGGCGGCUGCCAAGGCAGAGGCAGCGUUGCAGCAGCUUGAGCGCUUCCGUGGUACCUCGCUGGGGGCUGGCAACCAUUGGGACGAGAUGGACGACGAUGCGCUCGACGAUGUGGUCCAGUUUGGGGAUGGCACACAGUACAAAGUCCCGCUUCGAUCAGAGAGGGAAGAGGAGGAGAGCAGGGCAAGGGGCGACGACGAGGAAGAGGAAGAGGAACCUACAGGCCCUGUCAGCAAGGAGGAGCGCUUCAAAGACGUCAGCCAUGACCGCAGCUGGCCUCCUAGAGCGCCGGCUCCGCACAGCGGGCCCAGUGAGGUGGCUGCUCGGCCACAACUUCAAGCUCGGACAUCAUCGCAUGGCAAUGCCGCCGAGGCGGGAGCUCAUGCGCGGUCGCUCUUCAAUGCACGGUCCAACAAGCUCGAGACGAUGGCAAUCCGAAGCGGCGAAGGUGUCUCACUUGAUCCCUUAUCGCCUGUUGAACGGGGAAGCUCCUUCCAUUCGAUGCACAGGGAUCGGGAGAUGCGCCCGCCUCAUCGCCGGGAGCACCAGGAAGUUCCGACAUCAGCCUCGACCGCACCCGUGCGAGCCUGGGGUCCGCUGGCACAGAGGCAAGCUUCUCUUAAUCCAGACGCGCCAAAGCCGGUGGCUUCAGCAGCAGCAGCAGCUGCUGCUACCGUAUCCCCUCCCGCAUCCACGGCUGCUUCGAGCAUACAAUCGCCUCCGCAGCAACCAGCCAAGGCCGUCAGCAUCGCAACUGCAGCACCGGCGCAAGCUUCUGCUGUCAAAUCGCCCACCUUUGCACCUUUUGCAGCGCGUAAGGGGAGCGUCACGGAGCGACCAUCGCCCUUUGUACCUCCGAAAGUCGAGCAACCAAGUGCUCCAGAGGAUCGGGGAGCUUACGAUUUCCCCCCGGCUAGGGCACCGAGGAUCCCUCGGGCGGAACCUAAUGUGCCGAGGCCAUCGCCGUACGGAGCUGCCGCUCAAGCGCCUCGGUCAGACGCACAGAUCAAGUCGCCUACUGCUGCUGCUGCUGCUGCUGCAGGAGCGCCUGCACCAACUGCCAACCAACGGGAAGAGAUGCUCUCGGCUGCUGAGCGAGCGCGCAAGCGAAGAAUGGAAGAGGAAGAGGAACGAGCAAAAGAAAAGGAGAGAGCGCGGGCAAAGGCAGCUGCUAUCGAAGAAAAGAUGCGAAAGGCAAAGGAAGAGGAAGAAGCCAAGAAGCGUCAAGCGGCGGCAGAGGCAGCAGUACGGGAUGAGGAACGGCGGCAGAGGCAACGCCAGGAGGAAGAACGGCGCGCCGAAAGGCAGAAAAGACAGCGAGAGCAGGCAGAGUCAGCGACUGGCCGGGGUGGCAGCGGGCCGAAAGCGGGCAACGAGACAGAACAAUGGCGGGGCAGAUCCUCGAGGGAUGGACCCCUCGAUGCAGCCGCCGUUCCAAAGAGGCUGUCGCGAGCCGGGCCAGGACCUUCAGAGUCGCCUCUUAAUGACCUUGCCUCGCGCACAAAUGCCAGUAGACCUUCACCAAAGGCUCAGGAAGCUGCACCGGCACUCUUGUCCCCUGGCGAUGAAGCAGUCUCCUGGCGCAGGUCUUUGCCCAAUCAGAACUUAUCAGCAGCACCUGGCUCAAUUCCUCGGUCGCCUUCCGCUGUCGAUCCGUCCCAGAGGCCCGGCCAAGUCACGGACCAGACGGGAAGAGCUGAUCCUACCCCAAAGACGCUCUUGCAACGCCCGGACCGAGCUUCGACGCACCAAUCGCCGAAUCAGCAGCGCUCUCCUUUCGCUGCCUCUGGUCCCAUGGAAGGCUUGGACGCUGUCAUCACCCGAAUUAAGGAAAACACGGCGCCUCCUACUGGUCCAAAGGCGGAUUUGGGCCCCAAUGUACCGACCGGGCCGAGGGCAACUGCUUCAGUCCGCCCUCCUCCCCAACAGCAAGCUGUUGGCGCACGGGGACCUGGCAGAGGCGCACGGGUUGAGAUUGUGGCGCCCACCGAUGCAGGACACCAAGCUGCUCAGGCGAGAGAGAGGGAAGCCCGCUUGCAACAGGGCAGCAUCACCACGCCCGUCAGCGUUCUCAAGCCGGCAUCUUCGAGGCCUGCACUCCCUCCGCAGAAACCAGAGCCAGAAGUGACGCGAACAGAGGUGCCGAUGGACCCGCCUCCGGUGUGGAAUCGAUUCAAGGUCGGCGUCAAGCCUUCUUUGCCUUCGAAGCGGCUCAACAAGGGCCAGCUCAAGGCGCAGGCCCAACGUGUCGCCGCAUACAAAACGGACGCCACCGCGCACAAUGUCUAUCCGCUGACUUGGGAACCACCGAUCCCAACAUUGUCGACACGAACCUUGUCUCGCGACGACCAAUUCUUCCCCAAAAAGUACCGAAGAGGCAUCGUCAUUGCCAAUGUCAGCGUUCCCACGGAGACUUUGGUGUCUGUCUCACCCUCCAAGCGUGGACGCAAUGUAGCUCCAGAAAGACAAGAGCCCGUCCCGCCUGCCGUGCCGGCAAUUGAGACGGCAUCGAGUGAUGCCGCGAAGCUGGAUAAGUCCCCUGUCGUUGUCAAGAUGCCAAAGUCGAGCAGCAACCGACGUCAGCAGCAGUCGCCACAAGAUUCGCGACCUUCGGACCAGGCACACUGGCGUGCCAAUGCAGCCCCGUUGGUGCCCAAACAGCAGCCUGAUUCUGCGACCACGAUGGCCAUCCCAGCCAUUUCGCCGCCUACGGCUCCCGCCUCGAUGCGAGGACAGACGAUCAGCGAGACCGGGUCUUCAACGAUGGUCAACUUGCCUCAAACGCACUCGGCUUCCCUCCUUGCAGAAACGACCAAGGGACGACGAGACUCCAACAGUGGCGUCGCCUUUCAUCCUUCGGUCGUUGCUCGAGACAGCUCGACCCCCUCGCCAGUCAGCUUCAUGGUCAACAGCGAGCUCGAGACGCCAGGUAAGAAGCGUGCCGAUGGAUUCAGUCUCCCAGCACGCGUCAGCCCCAGCUCAGCUCAGUCAAAGACGCCCGCGCUUCCAUCACCUGGCAACGUGAGCGCAGCGUCGACGUGGGGCCAAGGAUCGCUUACGUUCCCCGUGAUGGAGCCCUCGCCGUCGAAUGCGCCAGACCGGGACCACAUCAAGAAUGUCUGGUCGCUGACCAACGGACAGAGCACUGAUGGCGGAAGGCCAACGCAGAAUUCGCUCAAGGGAAUCGCCGAUGAUUUCCCCUCGACGAUGAGCCUCGACAUCCAGGAUUUGCGCGCAGAGGAGGGCACGUCCCAUCCGUCCUCGGCAGUGUCAGACGUAGGAGCGACGCGUUCCAACAACGGCUUUCCCUCGAUGGGCCUGGUCCAACCGAGACACAACGGCUUUGCGUCAAUGCAUUCCAGUCCGAUCCUCGGGUCACCCCUGAGCAACGCACAAGGGCUCGACCGCAGCGAGGAGCCACAUAGGCAGAAGCAAGCAAAAGCCCAGUCGUUGCCGUCGAGCCGACACGAGAGCGCAACGCAUUCGCCCUCGACGCCCAACAUUCACCCGUCGCUUGGUCUUGACGAGAGCCAGCACCAGCCUAGCAAGCAUCAAGCUCAGCAGACGACGCAGUAUCAGCCACAGCCGCAGCACCAGCAUCAGCAUCAGCAUCAGCAUCAGCAGCAUCAGCAGCAUCAGCAGCAGCAGCAGCAGCAGCACCACCAUCAAAGCCAGCACCAGCAGCAUCCGCAACAACAUCACUACCCUCGCCGGGGCAGCAAUGCCGCUGGAGGCGUAUUCGCCCAGCAGGAGCGAGGAGGAGCGAGGGCGGCCUUUUCACCGUAUGCAUAUCCCAAUACGCUGCAGAACAGCUACGGUGGUCAAGGCAGCUUCGGCAGCGCGAUGAACCCAGGCUAUGGUGGUAGAGGCCAGUCGGUCCAGUACGGAUCGUACGGCAACCGUGUGGCGAUGCAACACCAGCAGCAGCAACAGCAAACGCAACAGGCAGCAAUGAUGGGAGCGGGUGCAUUCUCAGGCUACCGCCCGCCCAUGGCCGUGUCAGCGUCGAGCGGCUGGCCUCUGGACUCACCUCAAGCCAGCGCUUAUGCGACAACGAGCCCGACAGUCUCACCUGCUGGCAGCGGCGGCUAUGCGAAUGCCGGGUACCCUUUUCACCACCAGCAACAGUACCACCGGCCCGCUAGGUCGCCGAUGAACCAGUAUGCGGGUGGCAGUGGCGCUUUCUCGUCUUACCGCCCCUCUCACAACCGUGGGACGUCGUCGAGCUUCCAACACCACGGAGCGGGAGGUGCGGGCGCGAACGCCGGAGCAGACUCUGGCCCGACGACUUCAAGUGCAGGAACAGGCACAGGCGCAGGAUCAGGAGCGGGGACGGGCGCAGGGUCUCAAAGUGCGACGGGGCUGCAUGCACAGGCCAAGCCCUUCCACUACGAUCCAUAUCGUCCCUAUGACCCCUCCUCUUCCACUGUCUGGUGAGGGUCGACUACCGUUCUUUCAUUUCGACUUCUUUUACCUGUCUUUCUCUUCUAUUCUUUUCGGUGUGACGAUGUGAUAAAAUCUUCUCUUUGUCCUUCUCGAAGAUGGCUGUCAAUUUCAUUUCCUGGAGAC